AGAAAAGCGCGAUCAUUAACUUUACAAUUGGUUAUGUAACCCGUGGAAAGCCCGUCGGGUUGGUUGAGCGCUUGACGUUGGAUCGUGACGACGUGUGAAUGUGAGCUGCACAGGGCGCUCUUAUCUUCAAGUAAUGGAGGAAGACUCCACAACACAACCAGGAGUCCUGCUAAUUUCCCCCCUCAGUGCAUCGGAGGACUCUGUGAUGCGGCAGGGAGGGAGACGUCCCCCCUCCGUCCCCGUGCGCCGUCAGUGAGACCGGGAUGCAGUUUUUCCUCGGUAGGGUCGGCGCCUGAACCGAGCCUGUUCUGACACGAGGAGGAGGAAUCGCACUGCUGGAAGUAUCGCUUGACAAGCAUGGCAGGCGCUAAACUGACACCCUCGCCAUCGGAGAUCGACCCAGACGUCAAGACCGACGUGCAGACACCCCCCGAGCCCACCUGGGUCAAUCCCUCCAACCCUCUGCGGAGCACGGGCUCUUUUGGGAGCGAUGUCGGCCAAAGGUACCAAGAGGAGUACAGUAUGGACUCAACCAAUGCUCAGGUGCAGGUUGAGUUUUAUGUGAAUGAAAACACCUUCAAGGAGCGGCUGAAGCUUUUCUUCAUCAAAAACCAAAGGUCAAGCCUACGAAUCCGUUUGUUCAACUUUGCAUUGAAGAUUCUCACCUGUGUCCUCUACAUCGUGAGAGUCAGCUUGGAUAAUCCCACAGAAAACAACAGUAUCAAUGGUACAACAUGCCGAAACAGCAGUCCACUGAUUUCUACCGAGGGACCUGAAAUCCAAUGGAACCUAAUUUUCUGGGUGAACAGACUCCAGCCUGUGUGGGCAAUACAGGUGACAGUGGCCUUAAUCAGUUUCUUGGAGACUAUGCUUAUCACAUAUCUCAGCUACAAGGGUAACAUUUGGGAGCAGAUCUUCCAGAUAUCCUUCAUAUUGGAGAUGAUCAAUACGGUGCCAUUUAUUAUCACAAUCUUCUGGGCUCCAUUGAGAAACAUAUUCGUCCCCGUGUUUCUUAACUGCUGGCUUGCCAAAGGUGCUCUGGAGAACAUGAUUAAUGACUUCCAUCGAGCCAUCCAGAGGACGCACUCCGCAAUGUUCAACCAGGUGUUCAUCCUCAUCUGCACCUUACUGUGUCUGGUGUUCACAGGAGCCUGUGGGAUUCAGCAUCUUGAGAGAGCCGGGAAAAACCUGUCCCUGUUUGACUCCUUUUAUUUCUGCAUCGUCACCUUCUCCACUGUGGGCUACGGCGACGUUACUCCACAGAUCUGGCCCUCACAGCUGCUGGUGGUUAUUCUCAUCUGUGUUGCUCUGGUGGUCCUCCCCCUGCAGUUUGAGGAGUUAGCGUACUUAUGGAUGGAGAGCCAGAAGCUUGGCGGGAACUACAGCCGUCACCGGGCGCAGACAGAGAAACAUGUUGUGUUGUGUGUCAGCUCGCUCAAGAUCGACCUGCUGAUGGAUUUUCUCAAUGAGUUUUACGCUCAUCCUAGGCUGCAGGACUACUAUGUGGUGAUCUUGUGCCCGACAGAAAUAGACAUUCAGGUUCGCCGCAUCCUGCAGAUUCCACUGUGGUCUCAAAGGGUCAUCUACCUGCAAGGAUCGGCCCUCAAAGAUCAGGACCUGAUGAGGGCCAAGAUGGACGAUGCUGAGGCGUGCUUCAUCCUCAGCAGCAGGAAUGAGGUCGACCGAACUGCUGCUGAUCACCAGACUAUUUUGAGGGCUUGGGCUGCAAAGGACUUCGCUCCAAACUGUCCUCUCUACGUCCAAAUUCUCAAACCGGAAAAUAAGUUUCACGUAAAAUUUGCAGAUCAUGUUGUAUGUGAAGAGGAGUUCAAGUACGCCAUGUUGGCUCUCAACUGCGUGUGUCCAGCCACGUCCACCUUAGUGACUCUGUUGGUUCACACCUCCAGAGGACAGGAGGGGCAGACAUCCCCGGAGCCGUGGCAGAGGACUUAUGGCCGCUGCUCUGGGAACGAGGUGUACCACAUCCAUUUAGCUGACAGCAAGUUUUUUGGGGAGUAUGAUGGAAAGAGCUUCACCUACGCCUCCUUUCAUGCCCAUAAGAAGUAUGGUGUGUGUUUGAUCGGGGUGAAGAGGGAGGACAACAAGAGCAUCCUCCUGAAUCCCGGACCGCGUCACAUAAUGGCUGCUACCGACACCUGCUACUACAUCAACAUCACCAAGGAGGAGAACUCGGCCUUCAUCUUCAAACAGGAGGAAAAACAUGGGAAGGGUCUCCCAGUCACCAGGCUCUACGACACCCCCUCCAGGCUGCCUGUGCACAGCAUCAUAGCCAGCAUGGGGACUGUAGCGAUAGAUCUCCAGCACUCCGAUCCUCCAGAGGAAAGUGGAAAACUGACCCUUCCCACCGAGAACGGAGCUGGAAGUCGAAGGCCAAGCAUCGCACCCGUCUUGGAAAUUGCUGACUCCUCUGUCAUCUUGCCCUGCGACCUCCUCAGUGACCAAUCGGAGGACGAGACCAACCAAUCAGAUGAGGAGGGCUCCGUGGGGUUGGACUUUGUGAAGGGCUACCCUCCAAACUCCCCCUACAUCGGCAGCUCGCCAACUCUGUGCCACCUGCUGCCACAGAAAGCUCCGUUCUGCUGCCUUCGCCUCGAUAAGGGCUGCACACAUAACAGCUUUGAAGAUGCUAAGGCCUACGGCUUCAAAAAUAAGCUGAUUAUAGUGUCUGCAGAGACGGCAGGAAAUGGGCUCUAUAACUUCAUAGUUCCCCUGCGAGCUUAUUAUCGGCCCAGAAAGGAGCUCAACCCAAUAGUGCUGCUACUGGACUAUCCACCAGACAACCACUUCUUAGAGGCCAUUUGCUGCUUUCCCAUGGUUUACUUCAUGGCUGGGACUAUUGAUAAUUUGGACAAUCUGCUGCAGUGUGGAAUAAUCUAUGCUGAUAACUUGGUGGUUGUGGACAAGGAGAGCACCAUGAGUGCUGAGGAAGACUACAUGGCAGACGCCAAGACUAUUGUCAAUGUCCAGACAAUGUUCAGAUUGUUCCCCAGUCUCAGCAUCAUCACGGAGCUCACACAUCCCUCCAACAUGAGGUUCAUGCAGUUCAGAGCCAAAGACUGCUACUCACUUGCUCUGUCCAAACUGGAGAAGAUUGAGCGCGAUAAGGGCUCCAACUUGGCCUUCAUGUUCCGGCUGCCGUUCGCUGCCGGCCGGGUGUUCAGCAUCAGCAUGCUCGACACGCUGCUGUACCAGUCGUUUGUUAAGGAUUACAUGAUUGCUAUCAUACGGCUUCUGCUCGGACUGGACACCACGCCCGGAUCGGGCUACCUGUGUGUUAUGAAAAUCACAGAGGAAGAUUUGUGGAUCAGGACUUACGGCCGACUCUUCCAGAAAUUUUGUUCUUCCAGUGCUGAAAUUCCCAUUGGGAUCUACCGCACUGAGUCGCACAUGUUCUCUACGUCAGAGAGGAAGGACAGUAAUGCACAGUCUCAAGUGUCCAUCAACGCCGAGCACGGGGAGGCGCGUCAGGGCCGCGCAGGGUCCUGGAAAGAGAAAACAGCCCACAGAAACUCCACCACGAGUGACCAAUCAGAGCAUCCGCUGCUGAGGAAGAAGAGCAUGCAGUGGGCUCGGCGGCUGAGCAGGAAGAACGCCAAACCGGCGAGCAGAGCGGAGCGCAUUUCACAGCAGAGACUCAACCUGUACCGGCGCUCUGAGAGGCAGGAGCUGUCAGAGCUGGUCAAGAACCGGAUGAAGCAUCUGGGCCUCCCAACUGUGGGAUACGAGGAUGUUUCUAAUCUCACUGCGAGUGAUGUCAUGAAUCGAGUAAAUCUAGGAUAUUUACAAGAGUUGCAGGAUAUUUCAGAGCAGCCGUAUACAGAGGGGACAAGGCCGUCAGGGCCACAAGCAGACGAGAUGAACGACCACCAGAACACGCUGUCCUACGUUCUCAUCAAUCCUCCUCCUGACACCAUGCUGGAGAUCAACGACAUCGUGUACAUUAUUCGCUCUGACCCUCUGGCUCACAUGCCAGAAGACUCACAGAUGGGACAGGCGGCCCGAAACACCAAGAACCAACAGGACUUUGGCGCACAGUCAAGAAAUGAGACUCACCUUUAAAAGCUUUGAGUCUUUGGUUCUAUGAGCGUCGAUAGAUCUCAUAUACCUCGCACAAACGAAGGCCUGACGGGGGCGGUGAUGAGAUGUUCAUAGUGAGUGUGCAUUAAGUGUCUCUCAGCCUGAGACCAGAGAUUAGCCACAUCCUAAAAGACGGCACUGAGAUUCCCGUUUUCAUCAGAGCUGCCAUUGGAGGGUGCAUGAAGAGUGCCUCGUCAUCACUUCCCCUCACAAAACUCCCUGCAACCGAGAACCUGAACGCAGCUUCCUCUGUCCAGCCUGACUGCAGAGAUCAGAAGGGUUAUUGCACGUAAUCGGAUGGUUAAAGCCGGUUUCUGUGCCAAUAGAUAAAAUAAUUUCAUUUCAUGUUUAGCUCAGGUGGGGGGAAGCUGCCUUUGUGCCACUACCGGCUUUUUGCCAAUUUCUUUGCCUGUUUCUGCUGAUAAUUAGAAACUAACUGAAAACCAUUCACAUCCGACAACUUAUACACCACGGUUUGCUUUUAAAGAGAGCUGAUGAUUUGGUUGGUUUUCUACAUUUUCAAGUAUUACCAGGAAAUUAAGGUACAUGUGCAAUUUUCUUCUUUUAUUAUGUCACUUUCAUUUAUUCUUGUGAACUUUGUCUUUACAGGCACAUUGUUUUAAAUUUAUUACGUGCUUACACCAGUUGCACCUUUAUUAGCCAAGUUAGCAUUUUGCUAUGAAAUUUUGUCAGUUGUUAAAAAAUGAACAUUGUUAAAUUAUUUUCCUGUUAGAAAUCAUGACUGCUCCACAUUAUGCCAUUUUAUUUAUUUGUAAAUACUGUUGUUACUGUGCCAUUUUUGUAUUUAUUUUUGUGACACCAGUGUUUUGGGGGGUUUUUGUAUUGUGUCAAACCUGACUGCAACAUCUGCUGCUGCUGCCAUACAUAAACGUACAGAAGAAAGAACAUACAGUUAAGGAAAUACAUAUUUUUAAGGAGGC